ACUGGGGGUGGGGGGGUCGGUGGCCCAGAGAAAAGGCCCACGGGAGCACUCAGCAGGGGAACGGGGUGCUGGUGGGGGUUUCUCCAGAGCAGGAGCGCAGGCAGGACCCGGUAAAGUGGGCACACACAGCCUGGGCCAGACCUGGAGGUUGAUGCCAGGAGGGGGCAGGUGCAGGAGACACAGGCUGUGUCAUCAGGCGACCCCAGGCACAAACCUGAGAGGGGGCGGCCAAGGGAGCUGGGGCUGAACUCCAGCCCCUCAAAGCUGUUCUCUGCCCCCUCCUCCGGGCACAGAAGGCCCAAGUGUACAUGGGAGGGAGAGACAGACAGGGUGUGGCUAGGCGCUGGGGCCAGGGCAGCUGGGUUAACUUGGUCAUGCCAAGGAAGAAGGCCCGGGUCAUGGGUCCUGCUUGACCCUCCUGCCCCCCCACAAAGAGGGAGAAGAGGAGGCGGCACAGCCCCGGUACCACCCAGAAGGGGGCUCCCACUUUCCCCGCAUCCCCCAAAGACAGCAAGAUGCUCCAGGCCCCUUCACCGUGGCGCGAGAAGGCAGAGGGACAGAGGGCCCCUGCUCCAAGCGGCCUCCAGGGGCUGGGAGGCGGGGAGGAGGGCGGGCCGGCGCGGGGGAGGGGCCGCCUCGGCUAUAAAGGCCCGGCCCGCGGCCCUGCUCCAGCCCGGGACGUACACGUGCGCGCGGCGCCGCAGCCGCCACCGCGGGAGCCCUGAGACCCCGCGCCCCCCUGGCCUGGGCGGCGGCGGCGGCAGCGGCAUGCACAGCGCGCCGCGGAGCUGACGGCGGCCGCCGGCCCCAUGUCCUUCGCGAUGCUGCGCUCGGCACCGCCCGGCCGCUACCUGUACCCCGAGGUGAGCCCGCUGUCGGAGGACGAGGACCGCGGCAGCGAGAGUUCGGGCUCCGACGAGAAGCCCUGCCGCGUGCACGCGGCGCGCUGUGGCCUCCAGGGCGCCCGAAGACGGGCCGGGGGCCGGCGGGCGGGGGGCGGCGGCCCGGGGCCUGGGGGGCGGCCGGGCCGCGAGCCCCGACAGCGGCACACGGCGAACGCGCGCGAGCGGGACCGGACGAACAGCGUGAACACGGCCUUCACGGCGCUGCGCACGCUCAUCCCCACCGAGCCGGCCGACCGCAAGCUCUCCAAGAUCGAGACCCUGCGCCUGGCCUCCAGCUACAUCUCGCACCUGGGCAACGUGUUGCUGGUGGGUGAGGCCUGCGGCGACGGGCAACCCUGCCACUCGGGGCCCGCCUUCUUCCACGCGGCGCGCUCUGGCAGCCCUCCACCCCCGCCGCCCCCGCCCCCCGCCCGCGACGGCGAGAACGCCCAGCCCAAACAGAUCUGCACCUUCUGCCUCAGCAACCAAAGAAAGUUGAGCAAGGACCGAGACAGAAAGACGGCGAUUCGGAGUUAGAGGCGGACACUGCUGGGCCAUCCACGGAGAGCCCCCAUGGACCUGACUCGGGCACAGGCCUCCCUGAGGGCACCCCCCAGGCCAGCCCUGCCCCAGCUGUGAGCGGGGCCGAUGGACAGACAGGCGGUGGGACUCAGAGCUGGCCCAGCACUUGCCCAGCCCCACUGGAACUUUCCGUGCUGGCUCCCAACCUGGUUUUCUUCUGGUCGCUAUGUGCUGGCAUCUUUGAUACGAUAAUAUAAAGUCUGGAAACUUUGUAUAAUUAAAAGCAAAACAAUUAUCUUCUAAACACGGACGCACACUGUCCUCUCCAGCAAUCGAGAAUCCACCCUGAGCCGGAGCCCGAGCCCACCCCCCCACCCCUCAGGGCUCCGUGGGCCAAGGUACCCAGUUCUCGGGGAAGGUCCCCCACUUUCCCGGGCUCAGGGCCGGCGCGCCCAGCACCCCUGACCAGGGAACUACGGCGUGGGGUCCGAAGGAGACCUGUGAAGG